ACCUAAGAUGGCGGCCGGGUGGAGGGAACUGAGGUUGCUGCGCUGAGGUGAGCGGGGUCCGGCCGGGCGCCUCCGGCCUCGCAGGGCUCUUUUCCCCCCCCCGAGGCCCGCCCGCCGCCGUCCCUCGCCCCGGGCCGAGCUGUGGGCGCGGGAGAGCAGCCGGUCCAUGGCCAGGAGGUGCCCGGUACGGUCGCCGCGGCCCCCGUCGCCAUGGACCUGCGCACGGCUGUGUACAACGCGGCCCGCGAUGGGAAGCUGAAGCUGCUGCAGAAGCUGCUGGGCAGCCGGAGCCGGGAGGAGCUGGAGGCGCUGACGGCAGGGCCGGGCGGCGGCGACGGCCCCGGCGGAGGGAGCACCCCGCUGCUGAUCGCCGCCCGGCACGGGCACCUGGAGGUGGUGGAGUAUCUGCUGGAUCACUGCGGAGCCCGCGUGGAGGAGGGGGGAUCCGUCAACUUCGACGGGGAGACCAUCGAGGGGGCCCCGCCGCUGUGGGCAGCGUCUGCCGCCGGGCACCUGGGGGUGGUUCGCAGCCUCCUGGAUCACGGGGCCUCGGUGAACCAGACCACGCUGACCAACUCCACACCGCUGCGGGCCGCCUGCUUCGAUGGGCAUCUCGAGAUCGUACGUUACUUGGUCGGGGAGCGCGGGGCAGACCUGGAAGUAGCCAACCGGCACGGACACACGUGCUUGAUGAUCUCCUGCUACAAAGGGCACCGGGAGAUUGCACGUUACUUGUUAGAGAAAGGGGCUGAUGUGAACCGCCGGAGCGUGAAGGGGAAUACAGCCCUGCAUGACUGCGCUGAGUCCGGCAGCCUGGAGAUCCUGCAGCUCCUGCUCCGCUCCAAAGCCCGCAUGGAGAAGGAUGGCUAUGGCAUGACUCCUCUGCUGGCUGCCAGCGUCACCGGGCACACCAACAUUGUGGAGUACCUCAUCCAGGGCGGGCUGCAGCAGGAGGAGGUGGCAGGGAGCCAAAACGGGACCUGUGCAUCAGGUGGGAGCCAUCAGAGGUGCUGUGGCGCUGGCAAGGAAGCUCCUCAGGGCUGUGGUGAAGAGACGUGUGAGAGAUGUUGUGCCUCAGCUUCCGGUCAGGAUGAGCAGCAGGCCCCUAACGUGUUCUGCACUCGAGAGGCUGCUGUGGAAGCGCUGGAGUUGCUGGGUGCCACGUUUGUGGAUAAGAAACGAGACCUUUUGGGAGCCCACAAGUACUGGCGAAGGGCGAUGGAGCUUCGGUGCGAGGGGGGGCAAUACCUGCCUAAACCUGAGCCCCGGCAGCUGGUGUUGGCCUAUGACUAUUCCCGGGAAGUGAGUUCACUGGAGGAGCUGGAAGCCUUGAUCACUGACCCAGAUGAGAUGCGCAUGCAGGCACUGCUGAUCAGAGAGCGCAUCCUGGGGCCUUCCCACCCGGACACUUCCUAUUACAUCCGCUACCGAGGAGCCGUCUAUGCUGACUCCGGCAACUUCGAGCGCUGCAUUAACCUGUGGAAGUACGCCCUGGACAUGCAGCAAGGCAACCUGGAGCCUCUCAGCCCCAUGACUGCCAGCAGCUUCCUUUCCUUUGCUGAGCUUUUCUCUUACGUGCUUCAGGACCGCUCCAAAGGCACUUUAGCAACUCACCUGGGCUUCUCAGACCUCAUGGGAGUACUGAGCAAAGGGGUCAGGGAGGUGGAGAGAGCUCUUGUGCACGGCAAGGACCCUGUAGUUGACUCAGCACAGUUCACCAAGACGCUGGCCAUUAUCCUCCACCUGGUCUUCCUGCUGGAGAAGGUGGAGUGCACCCCGGAGCAGGAGCACCAGAAGCGCCAGGCCAUCUACCGCCUGCUCAAGUGCAGCCCCCGGGCCAAGAACGGCUUCACUCCCUUGCAUAUGGCUGUGGACAAAGACACCACAACAGUGGGACGUUAUCCUGUGGGCAAAUUCCCAUCGCUCCACGUUGUGAACUUGCUGCUGGAGUGUGGGGCUGACCCGGACAGCCGUGACUAUGACAACAACACCCCGCUGCACAUUGCCGCCCGCAACAACUGCCCGCUCAUCAUGAGUGCCCUGAUGGAGGCUGGAGCCCAUAUGGAUGCCACCAAUGCCUUCAAGCAGACUGCUUAUGAGCUGCUGGAUGAGAAGCUGCUCACCAAGAGCAUGAUGCAGCCCUUCAAUUACAUCACCCUCCAGUGCCUUGCUGCUCGCGCCCUGGACAAGCACAAGAUUCCCUACAAGGGUUUCAUCCCCGAGGAGCUGGAAGCCUUCAUUGAACUGCAUUAGGGUGGGAGAGCUGAAGUCCCCAGCCUCUCCUGUCGCUUCUUCCACCCCACAGAGGUCGUGCAGCCUGGGAUCUUGGCCUAUCCUUGCCUAGAUGCCGAAGGCCAUUGCUGUGCUGAGAUGGGAUGUGAGCUUUGUCCUCAUCUGUCACCGUGAAGCUGGUGUGUGCAGGGCUGGGGGAAGAGGAGGCUGGAGAGCCCAUGGCUGCCCCUCACUGUUGGCAUCUUCAGGUGCCAGACAGCUCCAGUGCACAGUAUCCAGAGAAGGCUGUGGCCCCUGCCCCUUCCCGUGCCAGCCAUCUUGCCCUGAGAAGAAAGGACCAUGGAGAUGCCCUGGGACCUGCUGCCUCUCCCCUUAGUGCCGGAUUAACUCAGCAUUAAGCUUUGGAGCAGCUACACCUCACACAUGUGAUCUAGUGCUUCCCAUCCCACAUACCGAGCAGAUAGGAAUGCAAAGCCAGGCCCUAUCUAUGCUGCAAGACUUCUUCAGUCCCGUAAGAUAUAGUAAGGUCAGUUCUGGUUAUAUAGUUUCAUCAAUAGAUGUUGGUUUUUAUGAAUGGGGAGGGAAAACUGCUACCUUCAACCCAAAACAUUAAUGUGGUAUUUAGGCUCUUAGCUUGCCCAUUCUUCCAGCGCUCACUCCCUUCCUUUAGCUCCAAGGGAUUGAGGUGGAUAUGGCCAGGUUGCAGAGCCAAACCAGUGCCCUUUGGACCAUCUUUGAGGAUGGGCUUUGGCAAACACUGCAGGGUGGGAGGUACCUGUGGUGGGAUGGUGCUUGCAUGGUUGGUAAAGCAGGUGAGUGUUGGUGGCACGUUUGUAUGGGGGGGUCUGAAGGAAGAAGCAAGAAAGAAAUGAAAGUUAAAGGUGCCUCCUUGUGCUGCUGAGAUUUGUUGGUCUCCAUCGGUUGGGCUCUUCAUUAUCCCGCUCUGGAAUAUCCCUCCCUGGAGUGUGUUGUUAGCUUCUGGUUUGGGCUUUUGAUUCUUUUUGCAACUUCCCUGAGGAUGGUGCUACUUCAGCGACUGAAUUGGGAUCUCCCUUGGCUGCUGGUGGGGCAAACUCCCUGGGUUAGGACCUGCACACAGCUCAGUGUCCUCUUGAAACCCUCAGUCUCGGGGUGGUGUUUGCCUCCCUUAGUAGAGCCCUCCUUGCUGGUAAACACUCGGUGUUGGUGAACAUGAUGCUGCUGCAGCAGUUGAUCUUGCAGGGGGACUGACUGGGCUUUGGCAGCCUUGGCUCAGUGCUUGGCCCUGUGCAGACUGGAAAACACAGUUGGGGAUGAAGCAGCUGCCUCUGAGCUCUGGGAAAGGUCAAGAACUGGGAGAGCAGCACCCUGGCAUCCAACCAUGCACUAGAUGCUACUGAAGCUUCUCUACUUGUAUUUAUAAGCCAGCGUAUCCACAUGCCUCAGUAACCCAACGCUCUGCCCCUUCGAGCUGUUGUAGAUCUGCCGUUCCAGUUUUGCAGUGUUAACUAUAACAUGUAUUUAUAAAGCCGGGAGGUUUCACUUGUCUGGAGCUGUAAAGUGCAGAGUUAGUUGAGCUGCCUUCUAGUUUCUGUUUCCUUUUGGCUGAAACCUGAACUCAAACUGCAGGAAUGGAAUUUGUUCAUUUGUGAGCUGAUGAGCGCCCUUAACUUUAAAUAAUAAACCAACAAAUGGCUGCUAGAA